AUGAAGUUUACCGAAGUUCUCGAGGAGAACAUGCGCCUGCGCUGGCGGGCCUACUACGUCAACUACAGGUCGCUCAAGGCCUGCAUCGAGGACAUGGAGGGCGGGAAGGAUGCCACCAACGUUCACUUCAUUACGAUGCUCCGGGAAAACUUGGUUAAAGCCCUGCGCUUCUACGAGCGCACAGAAGAGCGGCUGUCUGCGCAGAUCCGCGCCUCUCAGGCCCCUUCCACUCCCACCGCCAGGUCAAAGUCCCGGAGCGAUCUGGAGCACGAGGUCAGACACUUGCGGAGCUACGCCCACUACAAUCUGGAAGCGAUCCGGAAGAUUGCCAAGAAGUAUGACAAGCGCUGUGGGGUCUCGAAGACCAUGCAGGCCGACAUCAUGGAGAAUCUCAACGAGUCUCUGCUUGCGGACGGCGAAGAUCGCUGUUCUCGCAUGCUGAAGCUGUUGGAGGAGCCUGCCGGCACGCCCGAGGACUGGGCGCAGCCGUUGCUGAGCCACACGAGCCGCCGCCACUCGCGGCUGUUGCUGCCGAUCCUGGAUAAGCAUACGAGAGGCAACGACAGCCCUACUGAUUUGACCAGGUUACCUUCUGGCAUCUACGCCUGGCAGCCACCGAUGGAGAUCUUGUGGGCCAAUGCCCAGUCUCCUGAAGCUGUGGUGUUCGUUGUUCUGGCCUGCCUGUCGCUUUUUCUCUGGCAGCUGAAUCUGACCACCGAGUUGGACGGCUAUUCCUACUUCACCAUGUUUGUGACCCUGGAGGCACUCUUCAUGCUGCUGAAGCAGUACCAAGCAGAUGUCGUCCUGAUCAGCUCCACGCUGCUCCUGAGGCUGGUGGGUGCCUUGGACAAUGACCGCGAUGCCUGGGGCGGCUUCAGCAACUCGGUGGUCCUCUCCGUAGCGGUCCUGGGCAUCGUCUCUGCUGGUGUCCACCACACCGGCGUCAUCGACUUUCUCUUUAUGCGAGUCCUUGGCCACCCGAAAACGUACUUCUUCGCCAUCUUGAGGCUGAGCAUUCCUGCCAUGCCCUUGGCCACGAGCAUCUCCAACACCUGCGUGAUGGGAGUUUUGAUCCCAGUCAUCGACAAGUGGUGCAAGGAGAUCAACAUGCCCCCUCGUCUCUUUCUCAUGCCGAUGAGCUACAUUAUGCUUGUCAUCGGGGCGUUUGCCAUCUUUUCGACCUCCUCAAACCUGGUGGUCCAGUCGCUGCUGAUGGAGCGAGGUCUGGAGCCGUUUGACAACUUUGCUAUUUCCAGCCUUUCCUUCCUCUGUGGCACAGGAACUCUGCUUUACCUUGCCGUUGCGGUGCCGACCAUUCUGGCCACAGAGGCUGCCUCGCCGCAAAGUCCGAACAAGGCAAGCGCCGAGAGCAAGAAACUUUUCUUGGCGAACAUUCAGAUCUCUGGAAGCUCUCUCGGAGGGAGGUCGCUGACGGAGUCGGGACUGCUCACCGUGCUCGGAGGAGUGGCCAGCAUUGUGAGGGUCGAGCGCAUGGGCACGGAGGUGGCGUUGGCGAAUCUCGAUGAGAAUUUCCUGCUGGAGCAGCACGACAUUCUCUACGUCUGGUGCACAGCGAAUGCAACGAUGGAGUUGAUCAACACUUCUGGGAUAACGCUCAUUGCCCUUGAUGGCGGCUACGAGCAUCAGCACAGGGAUGAAGGCCGCGAGAUCGUGGAGGUGGUCCUUGAUGGCCUCUGCCCGCUGGUCAAGCAGCCUUUGUCCUACACCACGGGGCUCGACAGCUACUAUGGCGGCAAUUGCCUGGCCAUCCGGCCCUGCUCCAUGCAGCACUUCUCGUCGCCGCAGGCUCAGGCAGCUGAGGUGCGGACCUUCGUGUCCCUGCUGCGGAACCCGCAUGCCAAUGACGACGGAGCCUACAGGUUCCGCAUUGGGGACAACCUAAUCCUGGAUGUGCCUCGCCACUUCACAGCCGACUAUGAAAGCUCGGCGCACUUCAGCCUUGUGCGGAAGCUCAGUGACGACGAGGACGACCAGGAUGGCGCGACCAGCUCACAGAAGAAGAGGGACAUGAUCAUUAGCGGCCUGCUGCUGGUCGGCAUGAUCAUCCUCGUGGCCUCGAACUCGAUGCCUCUGCUGGAAGCUGCUCUGCUUACCUCCUUCCUCAUGGUUGUGACCGGAUGCCUCCCACAGCAGAAGGCCUUCAGUGCGAUCAACCUCCGGAUCGUGCUAACGAUCGUGGGCGCUUUCGGUAUAGCAAAGGCAGUCAACAAGACCAACCUGGCCGCCGUUCUCGCCCACAUGAUCUGCACACUGCUGGCCCCGUUCGGGAUUCGCGGCAUCUUCACUGGGAUCUUUCUUGCUACUGUUGGUCUGGGUAUCGUCUUCCAUGCCACCGCCGUCGUGAGCUUGCUCUUCCCCAUUGUGGUGGCCAUCAGCGAGAGUCCCAAGGUGCCCGUGCCCUUGCACCAGGCCAUGGCCGUCUUGAUGAUGGGUGCUGCCUGCCAGGUGUUAUCACCGGUCUCGUACCAGACGAACAUCAUGGUGUUCUCCUCUGGCUGCUACACCUUCGCAGACUUUCCGAAGGUCGGCUUGGGAGUAGUGCUCAUCGUCGGUGUCAUCUCCGUUGGCUUUGUUGACCAGCUCGUUUCGCCAUGA